GUCCCUCGCCAGGCUUUUUGUUUCUCCUGCCUCGCUUCCCCUUAUUUGUUUUUGCUGAUUUCCCCGUCACCUCUCUGUAUCCGGGGCGAGAUAUGAAGCGGCGCCAUGGGUUUCAUGGAAUUUUACCUGGAGAUUGACCCCGUCACCUUGAACCUCAUCAUCCUCGUGGCCAGCUAUGUCAUCCUGCUCCUCGUCUUCCUCAUCUCCUGCAUCCUGUAUGACUGCCGGGGCAAAGACCCCACCAAGGAGUACGCCCCGGACAACACGCCGGCGCCGCCCAGCCAGUCGCCCAUACGCCUGGUGGUCAUGCAGAACUCGCCCGCCUCGUCCCGCUACGAGCCCAACAACACGGCGGUGGGCCACGGCGAGCUGCCGACGCCAGACCUGAGCCGGGACAGAGGGGAGAGAGAGCGAGAGAGGGAGAAGAGGAGCACGCUGGUCUGA